GAAUAGAGUACACAUAUUUGCACCUUCUCCCCACCACCUCAGUGCAGAGCUGCUUGGACUGGGCUUGGAGAUCUGGUUCUGGUGUUCUGUGUGUUAUCUCUGGUGAUGAAUAUGUCGGUGGCACUGCUGCUGCUGGUCCUGUCGGCUCUGGCCUCAGCCCAAGGUCCAGGCUGCUCCAAGCUUCAACCAGUGAUGGACCCAGCUCUGAUGGACGUAGUUCCUAAACUAUCAGGUGCCGGGUUACCUCGUCUAGUGACUCAAGACACUGCAAGUGCACCGAGAACACCGGCGUCAGUUGAUUUUGAGGGAACCAACCUGGAGUGGCGGCCGUGGACGGGCCAGCUCCCCACCGCAGCUGUUUCCAUUUACAACGGCUACAGCCGUCGCUACGAUUACAUCUGCAAGCACGACUGCGAUUCAGGCUACUACAACCCCAACGAAGGACCGUUCUGCGUCUAUUCCUACGGUGGCGAAGCCAUGCAUAGCGAAUACUUUUCCUUGCUCGUCAACAAAGACAAUUUUGAGAUCCUGAAGUGGCAGGAGGGUGCCUAUGGUUCGGUGGCGUGGAACGCGGUCAAGAACUGCAAGGACGAGGAAAAAUACAUUGGCAAGAACGAGUAUGGUCUGGGUAAAGUGCAGGUCAGCCACCGAGUCUUCUACUUGCCCUGGGGGAAAUGGGAGUACAUUUACAAAAAAGACUACCAGUUCUUGACUAUCAACGAAGAUGUGAAGAAGGACCACCUGAUGGAUGUGGUGUACCACACCGACGGUGUCAAUGUGGUGGAGCAUCCCCCGGACAUUAUGAAGAACGACACCAUCAAGAACCGAGACUGCCUGGAGGGCACGAUCACAGACACCAUCACCAAGAGCAGCCUAGUGGAGCACAAGUGGGACCACAGCUUCAGCCUCACCCUCUCAGGCAACACAGAGAUCACCACCAGUAUCCCUUUCCUGGCUGACGGAGUCAUUAGUUUUAGAUUAGAGACCACCAUCGGGUAUACCAGGGGCACCACCCACACCGAGACCCACGAGCACCACCUCAAGUUGACAUUCACGGUCCCGCCCAACAGCUUGUGCAGAAUCCACAUGGUGGGCAAGAAGUACGGAGCGGAAAUCCCGUACACAGCGCGCCUCAAACGCACCUACAUGAGCGGCGAGACCAAGUGGACCACCAUCAUCGGGACCUACAAAAGCACCCAGAUCUCAGAGGUCAAUGGCGUGUUGGACCGCUGUGAACCCCUGCCGAAUGCCAAACCUUGUAAUUGACAGCUGGGCAUGAUGGAUUUGAGUAAAACUGCAAUACAUUGCUCUAUUUUGUGUAAUUCAUGUAAAACUGCUAUAAAAUGUGUGUACGCCAAGCAUUGUAACUGACACUUGGGGAUAUCACUUUCAUGAAAAACUGCAAUCAAUCAAAAAUGCUGAGAAACAAGCUUGGUCUUGGACUCUUACGAAGGUCCUUGUUAUCAGAAUAAUAAACGUGACAAGAGAUAUUUCUGUAAAAAUCAAAAGACCAUCAAAAGACACAAGAUGGUGUCUUUAAAGAAACACACUUAAGCAUUUGUCUAAACAUCCAAGACAGUUUGGUCUUCCUUCAAACUAAUAUCAUCCAUAUUUCUCUAAACAUGAAAGACCAUUCAGAGCCUUCAAUCAACCUAACCUCAGUGUUUCCGUAAACAUCAAAGACAAUUUCAUCUUCCAAUAAAAUGACUGUAUUUUGCAAACAUCAGACUAGUUAGUUCUGCAAAGACAAUGCAGUCUUACUAGGACUACAGCGCAGCGUAGGUGUUUCUCUUCUCAAUAAAGAUGCAUUUUGGAAAGCA